AUGGGUUUGACGUUUGUUAAGUCAACCUGUCAAAAUGCUCAUUUCAAUACUGUUUUUCACGUGAAAUUUUCUCAAAUGGACGGCGAGCAAAAUACAGAAAUCGAAACUCACAUUUUUGAGAGACCGACAGACCAGUCGCACGUGCUGAUAAUCCACGAGAAGCUGAUGAAAAGAAAGACCGACAGGUACAUCCUCAAUAUUGCUUUGGCCUACCACAAACUCGGAUACAAAGUUACAAUUCUAACUUCGCAAUACGACAAGCACGACUGCAUCGGUGAUGUCAAGUUCGCAGAUAGCGUGAGCGUCCUCUAUUCGGGAUGGUGGAUCCCCAGGAGUUUCUUGGGCCUGUUCAGGAGCAACAUGUCUGCUUUCAAAGCAGCCUGGAUGGCUUUCAGACUGAUCUGCUUCCCGCCCGAACCGAAACCAGAACUCGUCGUACUAGACGUGAGUCUGUUCGCCCUGUAUUUCCUGAAACUCUUCACCAAGUACAAGGUUUUUUACGUGGAAACGUUCUUGGAGCUGAAGAACACUGACGCCUGCUACGAACAUUCCAAGAACAAUCCGACACUACUCGAAGCGAAAUGGGUGAAACUAGCUGACGAGAUUAUAGUGGAGACGAUAGGGUUCUGCGAGAUACUGAAGAAGUCUUAUCCGUCUCUGAACGUGAAGCCUAAAGUCUUGUACCCAUCCAUCGACAUCGGCUUGUGGAAUGAGCCUGGAAUCAAAAUUCACAGGAUCAUUCCGGAUUUGAUGGACAACACGGUGCUGUUUUUGACUAUUGGGAAGUUCAAGAGGUCUUCGAAUUUCAAGCUAGCUCUGGAUGCUUUCGAGCUGCUGCUAGAGGUCAUCGACGACAAAACAGUGACCAAGAGGUUCCAGCUGGUUAUAGCAGGAAACUGCAAGACUCUUGAAGAGAAGUUUCAUUACAACGAGAUGAUGGCAGCUGCCAAGCAGCGGAUCUGCGCUUCCCAAGUGACCUUCCUCAAGCAGUUACCAAUAGUCCAUGAGAAAACCUUGAUUAUGGAGUCCACGGUAAUGAUCCAUCCGGCCAAAAACGACGUGCAUUCUGACUUUCUGCUCAAGGCGAUGAGUUUGGGCAAGCCGAUAGUGGCGACCAACAAGGGGAUAGCAUCGAAGAUUCUGGUGCAUAGAUUGUCGGGGGUGAUUAUUGAUCCUGAACCGAGGAUGUUUGCCAUUGCGAUGAAGAAGCUCAUAGUGAGCCCACACCUGCAGGUGUUUUUGGGAGACAUGGCCAGAGAUACCUUUGACAAGUCUUAUUCUUUUGAGAGUUUUUGCUCGAAGGUGAACCAGAUGAUGAAGAGGCCGCUGCUGAAGGAUUCUGCUAGUACUUUGUGUCCAUCUGAGAGUGUGAAAACUAGAAACUGAUGGCAUUUUUUGAAAUAAAUAUAUUUUCUGGAAACGUAAUCAUUUCAACGCAAUUAGUCUGAUCUUGAAAUGAGAUUCCUGUUUGAGAGAAAAUACAACAUUUUUAUUAACAAUCUCUUACCAUGAAGUCGGUGGCCUUUGCCUU